GCGACAACAACAAGCUAUUUCCUCCGAAAAGGACCAAGUCAAUCUUCAUCUUACUUGAAAUACUCGACCACGAACCUAUCACAUAAAGGAAAUCUUACUAUAGACAGAUUUGCUUGAAGUUUUCAAUUACAAUACAAGGGAAACCAUGUCUCGACUCACGGGCAAAGUUGCCAUUAUCACCGGUGCUGCCUCCGGCUUUGGCAAGGGCAUCGCUACAAAGUUUGUACAAGAAGGCGCUAAAGUUCUCAUUGUCGACUUAUCCGAAGAAGCAGGUCAGAAAGUCGCCACAGAGCUUGGUUGCAGCUUUCUCGUUGCGGACGUCACGCAACGGAAACACUGGGAAGAGAUCUUUCGCAAAGUCAUAGAUGACUUUGGCGCUCUGGAUAUCGUUGUCAAUAACGCUGGAGCAACCUACGCCAACAAACCGACUACUUCAGUUACAGACGCGGAUUUUGACCUUGUCAUGAAUGUUAACGUCAAGUCAAUUUAUCUCUCAACCGACGUUAUCGUUCCGUAUUUCCUCGAUAAUAGUCGUCCCGGAGUGUUUAUUCAGAUCAGCUCAACGGCAGCAAUCAGGCCACGGCCAGGGUUGACAUGGUAUAACGCCUCGAAAGGAGCGGUUAGUAUCGCCUCCAAGACAAUGGCUGCUGAAUGGGGUCCUCGGCAGCUGCGAUUCAAUACAGUCUGUCCGGUGGUUGGAAGUACGGGGAUGACACAUCUCUUUCUCGGAAAGGCGGAUACUGAGGAGAACAGAGCAGCCUUUGUGGAAACUAUCCCACUACGUCGUCCAUCAACACCGGCUGAUGUAGCUAAUGCAUGCUGUUACCUUGCCAGCGAUGAAGCAGCAUUCAUUACUGGGAUUGAUCUGGAGGUCGAUGGCGGACGUUGUAUAUGAACUGGCGGCGUAUUUUCAGGGUUAGCAGGGUUGAUCAUCUUGAACUGUUGUAGUUACAUAUACUUGGAUUGAAUCAAUGAUUCCAUGUUUGAUC